GCGGAGGUGGUGGCCGUGGCCGAGGCCGAGGCAAACUGUGGGUGACCGCGCCUACGGGGGACUUUGCUCUCCGUGUGCUCAGCCCUGGGGAGGAAGAACCGGCAGUUCUCCAUCCCCUCCCCCUCUACUACCAUUUCGGACACCCCACAGGGACUCGUUCUGGGGUUCCCACUGACUUUAAGGAAGGGCGCGCCCCUCUCUCUAACCCCACUUCAGGCGGACACCUGUCUCUGCCGUGGUGACAUUUCCUUCAUGACCCUGCGGUGCCUCGAACCCUCCAGGAAUGGCUCGGACGGGACAAGGAGCCAGUGGGGUACUGCGGGGUCGGCCGAGGAGCCUUCUCCGGAAGCGGCGCGUCUGGCGAAGGCCCUUCGGGAGCUCAGUCAAACAGGAUGGUACUGGGGAAGUAUGACUGUUAAUGAAGCCAAAGAGAAAUUAAAAGAGGCACCAGAAGGAACUUUCUUGAUUAGAGAUAGUUCGCAUUCAGACUACCUACUAACAAUAUCUGUUAAAACAUCAGCUGGACCAACUAAUCUGCGAAUCGAAUACCAAGAUGGGAAAUUCAGAUUGGACUCAAUCAUAUGUGUCAAGUCCAAGCUUAAACAGUUUGACAGUGUGGUUCAUCUUAUUGACUACUAUGUUCAGAUGUGCAAGGAUAAGGGCACCGGCCCAGAAGCCCCCCGCAAUGGCACUGUUCACCUUUAUCUGACCAAACCGCUCUACACGUCAGCACCAUCUCUACAGCAUCUUUGUAGACUCAUCAUUAACAAAUGUACCGGCACCAUCUGGGGACUGCCUUUACCAACAAGACUAAAAGAUUACUUGGAAGAAUAUAAAUUCCAGGUAUAAGUGUUUCUCUUUUUCUAAACAUGCCUCAUCUAAAGUAUCUCCGAAUGCAGCUAUGUAAAAGAGAACCAAAACUUGAGUGACUGCUCUAGGUAACUCAAUGGAAUUCUUUCUAAUAACAGCUGAAGCCAACAUAAUUUAAGUGUGUGAAGAGGUAGCUGGCUAUUUAAAGUUCCCCUAUGUAUUUUUUACUUGAGUGAUGCUUCCCUUCCUAAGGCUAACCAAGACCAGUUGAUCCUUUUAAAUUAAAAAUAAAAUGUUUCCAGUGCAGGCUGUAGGAGCAUUUUAUCAGAAUAACUUGCCUUUCUGUGGUUCCUUUCCACUAGGUCUAAGCUCCUAGUGCCGGUGGUAGAUUAAGAGCUCCUCAUAGGAGCACUGAAGAAGUGGAAGGAAUCAAGCUGACACAGGGUUAACUUCAAUUUCAUAUGCCUGGUGAUCAGAGUCUGUUUUGGGAGAUGUGUAUUUUGCAUUCUGAUGUUCCUAGGAGUUGCGUUAAACAGAUUGUGCUUGUGAGUAUUUAUCCUUCAUUUUAUGCAAUUAACCAAGUCAACCAAAAAAAAAAAAAUUGACCAUGACAUCCUGUGUUUGUCUUUUUACUACAUGUAUGAACUCUCUCAUGAAUGCGAACUGUAGUAAACCAUUUAAAGGAAGCCUUACUUCAGAAAUAUUUCAAACUGGUGCAAACGGAAAAGACUUCCUCUUUUCCUUUAAGGCUAAAGACAAGAAUGUCAUGCUGUACAGGUGCAACUCAGUCCCUGUUAAUAACUCCAGUGUAGUAUAGACAUCUUACCCUGUUGCAGUAGAUGUGGUCCAACUUGUUGCCAUUGAUUCUUUCGGAAAUGGCUUUAGAAAUUUGCAAGUUGUCCUUGAAUUAUCUAACCACGGACAUUAACAUUUAUCUCCCUGUACCAUGUAGAAUACUUUGACUUAAUUUUCUUCCAGACACAGGGGGAUACCUGCCUAUUUUUCAAAGUGUUUAUUUACUACUGUUACUAUUGGAUUAGAAUGUAUUAAAUAAAUUUUAAAAACC